GUCGCCGCCACUGUUUUCGUCACUCUAACUGUUUCCCCCGAUCGCUACGGUUGCCUUUUUUCGUGCGAGUGUUUUUGCCUGCUCUGAUUUUUCCCGUGCCGCGCAUUGAAUUGCAGCCGAAAAAGCGACAAGAUGAAGCACCUGAUGUUCCUUAUGCUGAUGGUCCUGCCCAUCGUCAUCACCACCUUCUCUGCGCCUACCAAGUUUGGUGCCUAUGCCGCCGAAACCGCUGAGGAUGAUCUGGUGGAUGUGGACAGUGAGGAGGGUGCUGUGACCGGUGAGGAUGCGGAGGCGGACGAGGACAACGAUACGGGUAGCAGCAGCUCCCCAAAUGCGGACACAUAUCUUUUAUUCACGAAACCAUUGUACACGCCUGGCCAGCAGCUGGAUCUGCCCGGUGGCAAGCCCGUGGAGUUCCUCAUUGGAUUCACGAACAAGGGUGCCGAGGAGUUUGUGAUCGAGACCGUGGAGGCCUCUUUCCGCUACCCCAUGGACUUUAACUACUUCAUUCAGAACUUCUCGGCUGUGGCCUACAACCGUGAGGUGAAACCCGGUUUUGAGUCGACCGUUUCGUACACCUUCCUGCCUUCGGAUCAGUUUGCCGGUCGUCCCUUUGGAUUGAACAUUGCUCUGGCCUACCGUGAUGCCAAUGGAAUUCAGUACAACGAGGCUGUCUUCAACGAAACUGUUCUGAUUUCUGAGGUCGAUGAGGGACUCGAUGGCGAGACCUUCUUCCUGUACGUUCUGCUGGCUGGCAUUGUUGUCCUGCUUUUGGUCAUUGGCCAGCAAUAUCUGCUUGGCAGCUCUGGCAAGCGCAAGCGUGCCGCCGCCAAGAAGGUGAUUGAGACUGGAACCGCCAACGAUAGCACCAUUGACUACGAUUGGGUGCCACAGGAGACGCUGCGAGCGCUGCAGAAAUCUCCGCCCAAGUCUAAGACGCCCAAGACUUCUCCCAAGCCCGGCAAGCAGGCAAGUCCCAAGGCUGCCAGCCAGCAGAGCCCUAAGCAGCGAAAGGUCAAGCGAUCAGCUGGCGAUGAUUAAAUCAAUCGAUCCGCUAAAGACUGCAUAUCCCCAACAACAACAACAAACAGAGGCAGAAACAACACCAUUUGCCACUGAAGCAGCACUAAAAACCACCAUUUUUCAUCCUGUAGGAGGAAGCAGCAUAAACAGUUUCGUAAUUAAUUAAUUAGUUAUGUACGAUUCCAUGUUCGAUCAUCUCUAGAGAUACACCUAUCCAUUAUUUUUUUUAUUCGUUUUAUCGCGAGAUUGUUAGUCUUUAAACCAACAAACAAAUGUUUCCACAGUUUUGUUUUAGAAAUUUCAAUUUUCCAAAUGCCCAAACUCUGCACAUACUCCAUGAAAAAGGAAAAACGAAAAAAUGGAAACACCAAGAUGAAAACCCCUUGACAAAUACCAUAAUUGUAAUCCUAAUGAAAUUUCUUGAGAAUUGUCUUCGUUUGUUGAAGACACAUGAGAAAGCUUAGAAGAAUGACUGCAGAAGACAGAGUGAAGCCAGAAAAAAUAUGGAGAAGAGACAUUGAUUGAUUGAGACAACAAAAAAAACCUUCCACUUGUACGAUACAUUUAAUUAGUCCUAUUAUAACAAAUCAAUUGAUUAA